AUGAUAAACGGUCGCUCGAAUUCCACCAGUAACGACGGCAAUUCCAGUAGUCAUAACGAAUUCGUAGUAAACCAAGAAUGGAAAUUGAUUAAACGCAUUGGCUCCGGAUCAUUUGGGGAAAUAUUUCUGGCAGUAAACAAGAAAACCAAGGUUGAGGCAGCUGCAAAAUUGGAACUGAUUCGUUCUGGCUUACCAAUACAACUCAAAACAGAGUAUGAUCUUCUCAAACUACUGAAUAACGCCUCGGGUAUCACAAAACUCUAUUGGUUUGGACGAGAUGGAGUACAAAACCUCUACACAGCUCUAGUGAUGGAAUUGCUAGGACCGAGUCUUGAGGAUCUACAUGUCUAUUGUGAUUUAAAAUUCUCUCUCAAAACUGUAGCCAUGUUAGCCGAUCAGAUGAUCAAGAGGGUUGAAACUGUACAUAAGUGUGGUCUAGUGCAUCGUGACCUGAAACCGGACAACUUUGCAAUGGGUACAGGACAAAACAUGAACACCGUGUAUAUUAUAGACUUCGGUCUAUCCAAAUUUUACAUUGAUCCAAAUACGCAAGAACACUAUCCAUUUCGUGACUUUCGCAGCUUAACCGGAACAGCUCGAUACUGCAGCAUUAAUGCCCACGCAGGCUGUGAACAAUCGCGUAGAGAUGACUUGGAAUCGUUAGGAUAUGUUUUGGUCUACUUGACUAAGGGUCACUUGCCUUGGCAAGGCUUGCAAGCCGAGAGUAAACGCGAAAAAUUUCGCAAAAUCUACAAGACGAAACAAACUGUCAAAGCCGAGAUACUGUGUGAAGGAUUGCCGGAAGAAUUUCUCAAAUACAUAAACUAUUGUCGAAGUCUGGCCUAUGAGGAGGAGCCCAAGUACAGAUAUUUGCGGAGCCUUUUUUGGAAGAUUAUGGACAAAAAUGGAUACAAGUACGAUGCACAGUAUGAUUGGAUAACACCUGCCUCAACGUAG